CACUUCCCAACCAACCUCUUCCCGAUUACUUUUUUUUGCUUUAUUCAAAAAUUGUUUAGCCCAUCACUGCCACUGGCCACUCUCCCUUGCCGUCGACGGCUCCGGUGCUCUACUCUACUCCGAUCACCUCCGCCUCUUUCAUAUCGGAUUGCUCUCCUGAAACUUGAGCUUAGUGGAAAGUGAAAGUGAGUCUCUCUGGAGGAUGGGAGAUUGAACAAGAGAUUUGCGAGGAAGAGAGAAAGUUUUUUUUUUUAAAAAUGGCACCUGUUAGUAAAGCAGAUAAGAAAGUAGCAGUAGAUGCUGCUGCCUGGAUGUUCAAUGUCGUCACUUCUGUUGGUAUCAUCAUUGUCAAUAAAGCUCUAAUGGCCACUUAUGGUUAUAGCUUUGCUACAACCUUAACCGGUUUACAUUUCGCUUUUACAACUCUCAUGACCAUUGUUCUCAGAUGUCUUGGUUACAUUCACCCCUCUCAUCUUCCCUUUCCCGAGCUUCUGAGGUUUAUUCUCUUUGCAAACUUCUCCAUCGUUGGAAUGAACGUCAGUCUUAUGUGGAACUCUGUCGGUUUUUAUCAGAUUGCAAAGCUCAGCAUGAUUCCUGUAUCCUGCUUGUUGGAAAUGGUGUUAGAUAAGAUCCGUUACUCCAGAGACACCAAGCUUAGCAUAGGAUUGGUUCUUGUGGGUGUUGGUGUUUGCACUGUCACUGACGUUAGUGUGAAUAGCAAAGGCUUCCUAGCCGCUUUUGUUGCUGUGUGGAGUACUUCUCUGCAACAAUACUAUGUACAUUACCUUCAGCGCAAGUACUCGCUUAGCUCAUUCAACCUUUUGGGACAUACCGCUCCAGCCCAAGCCGCAACAUUGCUGGUUGUUGGUCCGUUUCUUGAUUAUUGGCUCACAGAAAAAAGAGUAGACAUGUUCGACUACAACUUGGUCUCUGUGCUGUUUAUAACCCUGUCGUGCACAAUAGCGAUUGGGACCAACCUAAGUCAGUUCAUCUGCAUCGGGAGAUUCACAGCGGUAUCGUUCCAAGUCCUGGGACACAUGAAGACGAUCCUGGUGCUCGUAAUGGGAUUCUUCUUCUUUGGUAGAGAAGGUCUAAACUUGCACGUGGUCAUUGGAAUGAUCAUUGCAGUACUUGGUAUGAUCUGGUACGGCAAUGCCUCUUCUAAGCCAGGUGGGAAAGAGCGACGAAGCUAUUCUCUUCCAACUACCCGUCAACAGAAACUUGGAGCUGCUUCUGAUUCUGACGACAACGAAGACAAAUCCUAG